AAGCAACGAACGCAGGUCCGAAUUGAAAUCGCCCAGGCCGCUUAGUUCGCAAGUCCGAACUUGCGUCCACCCAAUAAUUCAAAUCUAAGAGCUGAAAAAAGGACAACGAUAAUGGGCACGCCAUUUAUCUCGCUCCUCGAGCCGACGCCUCUCGCGUGGGAGCGCGCCCUCCCGCCGGAAGAGCAGCCAAAUGCGGCCUCGAUCCCGCGCACCUUUCUCGACGCCAUGACGGUCCGAUCACAAGUCUUCGUCCAGGAGCAAAACAUCCCGCAGUCCAACGAGUUUGACUCCGAUGACCCGCGGUGUGCCCACUGGGUCAUUUAUGCGUCGGUGAACAAGACCAUCACCCCGGCCGUCACCGACCCGUCGACGGGCGAGGUCGUCCGCCCGCGCCAGAGCGAGACCCAGUCCGUGCCGAUCGGCACCGUGCGCCUGGUGCCCUUCCCGCACCCGCACCAUCCGCUCAACGGGGGCGUCUACGUCGACGGCGAGCUGGUCGGCAUCAACAGCGCCCCCCCGGAAGAAGGGAAAGACGGCUCGCCAGCAGCCACGCCCGUCGAGGCCGGCUCCACAACUGCUCCUGUCACCAAACCGACAUUUAGCCCCGACCGCUCUACAACCUUCCACGACGGCGUCGAGCCCUACGUCAAGCUCGGCCGGCUCGCGGUGAUCAAAGAAUUCCGUGGCCGCGGCAUCGCCCAGCAGCUGGUGCACACGGCCAUCGACUGGAUACGCACGCAUCCGUCCUACUUCGACCCUAGCCCGGCCGAGCACGGGUUCGAACACCUGGGUAUGGAGCGCGGCGGGGCGCUGCCGCGCUGGAACGGACUGAUCUGUUGCCACGCGCAGGAGGGCGCCGUCAAGGUGUGGGAGAAAUGCGGGUUUCGGAUGGACGAGGGGAUGGGGAGGUGGUUUGAGGAGGGGAUCCCGCAUGUAGGAAUGUUUCUAAGGGUGGAGGUUGAGCCAGAGGUGAAGGGGAUUUGAAGGAAACGCGGCCGGGAAUUCCACGUGUUUCGUGCAUCUUCUCCUCGUUCUUACAUAGACUUUUGAUGGUUUGUCAUGGAAGGCUGGAGUUAUUGAUACCAGGGUUCCUCUGUCACUGUUUUGAGCAUGCCAG